AUGGACCGCUCUGACUUUCACCAUCGUCAUUCGGCACAUGCUUCUCAUUCUCCCCCUGAUUACUUUGUUCGGAUUGGGGACUCAGAUAACAAAGACGAUUUGUAUUUGAGGAAGAGAACAAGAAUGCGUCGUUGGCUAUGCUGCACUUGUCAGGUGGAAGAGUCUUAUCCAUCAAAUGAAAACGAACACCUGAAAAGCCCAAAGGGUUAUGGAGAUGGCAACACAAAAGGUUCGAGAGUGUCGGCUCCUCUCAAAUCUGAAGCACAGAAGGCACCACCACCUAUCGAAGUUCCGGCAUUAUCCUUAGAUGAGCUGAAGGAAAAAACUGACAACUUUGGAUCAAAGGCAUUAAUUGGUGAAGGGUCGUAUGGGAGGGUGUAUUAUGCAACAUUAAACGAUGGAAGCGCUGUGGCUGUGAAAAAGCUUGAUGUUUCUACUGAACCUGAAUCAAAUAAUGAGUUUCUGACCCAGGUUUCCAUGGUCUCAAGAUUGAAGAAUGAAAAUUUUGUUGAAUUGCAUGGAUACUGCGUUGAAGGAAAUCUUCGUGUACUUGCAUACGAGUUUGCUACUAUGGGCUCUCUCCAUGAUAUUUUGCACGGUAGAAAGGGAGUUCAAGGAGCACAACCUGGGCCAACUCUUAACUGGAUGCAGCGAGUUAGAAUUGCCGUUGAUGCAGCAAGGGGAUUGGAAUAUUUACAUGAGAAAGUUCAACCAUCAAUUAUACAUAGGGAUAUCAGGUCAAGCAAUGUGCUUAUCUUUGAAGACUACAGAGCUAAGAUAGCUGAUUUUAACCUCUCUAAUCAGGCCCCUGACAUGGCUGCACGCCUUCAUUCUACCCGUGUAUUGGGAACCUUUGGGUAUCAUGCUCCAGAAUAUGCCAUGACUGGACAGUUGACUCAAAAAAGUGAUGUCUACAGUUUUGGGGUUGUUCUUCUUGAGCUGCUUACUGGUAGAAAACCCGUUGAUCAUACCAUGCCUCGAGGACAGCAAAGUCUUGUCACAUGGGCUACCCCAAGAUUAAGUGAAGAUAAAGUGAAACAAUGCGUUGACCCAAAACUGAAAGGAGAAUAUCCCCCUAAAGGAGUUGCUAAGCUUGCAGCUGUAGCAGCACUGUGUGUGCAGUAUGAAGCUGAGUUCAGGCCUAAUAUGAGCAUUGUUGUUAAAGCACUCCAACCACUUCUGAAGGCUCCCGCACCUGCACCAGAAACUUGA